CUCUUCCUGACCUUAGCGCUCAGGAACUGGGAAGGGAGACUGAACACUGAGCAGGGGUACGUGCGGCCUCGGGCAUGGAGCAAACCCCCACUAAACCUCGGUUUCCCAGCCCCUCUGGGAAGCAGGAGCACAAGCUCCCAGGACACUGAAGCGCGGGCCGGCGCCGCGGGAAGCGUGGUUUCCCACCUCCCGCUAGGCUUGGGGCGGGGCCGGAAGGGGCGGGGCGGCCAGGCCGUGACAGUCCAUCGGCUGGAUGUGGCGGGUCUCGAGGGAGCGGAGGGUGGAGCCCCAAUCUGGGGUCCAGCAGAAUGGAGGCGGGUUCAGGCGCGGCUCGGAGAGGGCCAGAUCCGCGGCUACAGCGCCCGCGGCGGUAACCGAAGAGCUGCCGAGCCCCUGCGGCCCGGGGCGGAGCUCCGCGAUCCAAAUGUCCGGCUCGCGGAGCGAUGUGUGCGGGCGGCUCGGGACCACCGCCAGGGCUGGCAUGGAGCGGUGACGGGAGCUUCGGGGGGCAUCGGCGCGGCUGUGGCCCGGGCGCUGGUCCAGCAGGGACUGAAGGUAGUGGGUUGUGCCCGCACCGUGGGCAACAUCGAGGUGAACAUGCUGGCCCUCAGCAUCUGCACCCAGGAGGCCUACCAGUCCAUGAAGGAACGCGAGGUGGAUGAUGGGCAUAUCAUUAACAUCAACAGCAUGUCUGGUCACCAAGUGUCACCCCAAUCCGUGAUCCAUUUCUAUAGUGCUACCAAGUAUGCCGUCACCGCGCUGACAGAGGGACUGAGGCAAGAGCUUCGGGAGGCCCAGACCCACAUCCGAGCCAUGUGCAUCUCUCCAGAAGUGGUGGAGACACAGUUCGCCUUCAAACUCCACGACAAGGACCCUGAGAAGGCAGCUGCCACCUAUGAACGCAUAAAGUGUUUCAAGCCCGAGGAUGUGGCCGAGGCUGUCAUCUAUGUCCUCAGCACCCCUCCACACGUCCAGGUGAGUCUGGCCUUGACUGCCCACCCCCUGGAAAAGCCCAGCCAUCCUCAGAGGAGGACAGCAGGGAGGCCUUAGGGGGAGGGGAGAACAUCCUGGCUGCCUCAAGCCUUGUGCCUUCCAGCAGAUUGGAGACAUCCAGAUGAGGCCCACGGAGCAGGUGAUCUAGUUUCCUGUGGGAAGCUCUGCCUUCCCUCCCCGCCUCUCAUGGCUUGGCUCCUGCCUCUGGAUUUUAAGUGUUGAUUUUUGGACUCCUGGAUUCUGCUUCCUCUCUCCACCCUACCAGGGGCUAGAAAAUCUGUUUGAAGUUUUUGUAUCUUACAAAUCGUUUCUAUCACAAAUACGGACAGUGGGCUGGGGAGAUGAGGUGGUGUCCCUGAUUUUUUUACCUGUUAACUCAUUCUUGGUCCCCUUCUUAGGCUUCUUGGCCUCUAUUUGCUCUCUUCGGUCUCUUCCUUUUGACCUGGGGAAGGGACUGUGGCCAAAAAGGGGUCUUCCCCCUGUCCCUCAGGGAGGAGGUGGCAGAGAGAAGCCCUCGCCUUCUGUCUGAAUGGUUAUCCAAGGCUCCAGGCUUCUUCCUCUCCCGGCCCUACUGGCCCCGUUGCCCCUUCACUUCCCUCAUCCCAGUUCUCCAGCCCAAUCUUGGCUUCUCAGCUCCCACUGGAGUCAUCACUCCACACUGACUAUGGCAGCUGAAUACCAGGGCCUGCCUCCCAAGUGGAUUUCACUGUGAUAAUUAAAAAAGAAAAAUUGCAAC